UUUCAUUUCUUUGUGAAUUGUUUUAAGGUGGUCACCCCCUCUUGUCAGAUGAAUUUUUAAAAAUUUUUCCAAAAAUUUUUUUUGGUCAUUUUUGGCACUUUAAGUAUUGUAGUUUAAGUCUGCAGUGUUGAUUUUCUUUAAAAAAUAAUACUCCGUGAGAAAAAUCCCCUCAAACAUACCUUAUCAAAGAAAUUAACCCUUAGCAACGCCUUAGCAACGCAUUUAGGUACCAAAAUCGUGAAAAAUUUCGACCAAAAUCCAUUUUUAACCAUUAUUUUUUGGUUUGUCCUUUUGGCGUAUGUAAUUUCAAGUCUUUUGAUGAAUGUUGCUCCGUGAUUGGUUGCUUUUGCUAGCCUUGGUUGGCCUUGACAACGCUAUGACUUUGUCUGCCAUGUAUAGUUCGCAUAUACACGCUUCUCAAAGCCAUCUACGAAAAUCUUAGUUUUCUCUUACAUUUCGCGUUAAGAAAGAGCUGUUUUAGUUUCUAUAUAAAUUCUAUUUGUUUUUUUUUUUAUUGUAUUUUCAAAAAUAAAUGGGAAAUCUUAAAAACAGAAAGAGAAAACGGCCUAGAAUUUCUCCUAAGAAUACGACGAAGAGAUUAAAAGAUGGCGCACCUAGUGAUCAAACAGCUGGGCCUUCAUCUGCAAAAAUUGGCACCGAGAGUGCAAAAAAUGUUCCUUUCUCGGGGAAUUUUGACACUAUAAGAGAAGGUACCAUAUUCAUUGAUUUAAUGAUCUUGUUUGGCGUAUUCGAAAACCUUCUGAAAUGUCCCGACUGUGCUGAUGAUGUGAGGUGUCAUGUUGACAUGAGGAAGAAGCAUGGCUUUGCUCAUUACAUUGUACUGCAAUGUGUGGGAUGCGAUUGGAAGCAUUGUUUUAAUUCUUCAAAAAAAGAAGGGCAAUCCCAUGAAAUUAAUGUACGAGCAGUGCUAGCUUUUAGAGAAAUUGGUAAAGGUCACACUGCUAUGACGACAUUUACUAAAGUUCUAAACAUGCCUCCUCCACCAAGGCGUGACAACUUUAGCAAAAUUCAAAACAAAAAACUUUUGCCAGUUGUGAAACAGUGUGCAAUUGACAGCAUGAUGAAUAAUGCUAUGCAUGUUAAGGACUUGACUGUAAAUGAUGCUGGAGAAUGUGGGAUUUCCAUUGAUGGCACCUGGCAGAAGCGAGGAUACUCUUCACACAAUGGUGUUGUCACGGUAAUUUCCCUUGAUACCAAGAAGUGCCUUGACGUAGAAGUGCUUUCUGACAAGUGUCAGCAGUGUAUCAAGUGGAGGAAGAAACAAAGUGAUGCUAGAUUUAAAGAAUGGGAGGCAACUCAUGUUUGUAAAAUAAAUCAUACUGGGAGUUCUGGCAGCAUGGAAACGGCAGGUGCACUGAGGAUGUUUGAAAGGUCCAUUGCUACAAGAGGGCUGAAGUAUAAACAUAUGCUUGGGGAUGGUGAUUCAUCUACAUAUAAUGCAAUUCUAGCAAGCAAACCAUAUGGAGAAGAUUGUCUACCAAAUAAAUUGGAGUGCAUUGGGCAUGUGCAGAAAAGAGUGGGAAGUAGGUUGCGAAGACUCAAAAGUAGUAGUAAAGGAAGAAAGCUCGCUGAUGGGAAGGGUAUGUCAGGUAAAGGUAGACUAACUGAUGGCAAAAUAGAUGUGCUCCAAAAUUAUUAUGGUCUGGCAAUCAGAGAAAACCUUCACAGUGUUGAGGAAAUGGCAAAGGCUGUGAAGGCAUCACUUUUUCAUGUGGCAUCAACAAAGGAGAAUCCACAGCAUCACCUUUGUCCAAAAGGAGUGGACAGUUGGUGUGGAUAUCAACGUGAAAAGGAUGGUUAUAACCACAAGAAUGGCCUUCCAAAGUCCAUUGUUGAUUUGUUAGAGCCUAUUUUUGAGGAUUUGGCUGACACUACAUUAUUAAACAAAUGUACGCAUGGUUUGACACAAAAUCCAAAUGAAUGUUUGAAUGGACUUAUUUGGGAUAGAUGUCCGAAGACAAUCUAUGUUGAACAUGAAACUGUGGCUCUUGCCACUUAUUUAGCUGUUUUGAAAUUUAAUGAUGGAGACAUUUCCUUCCUAAAGAUAUUUGAAGAUUUGGACAUAACACCAGGUUUCUUCACUUGCCAAGGUACAUUUGUGACCAAGCUCGAAUAA